CGCUUUUGUGGGUAAAUCAUUGGUGGCGGUCUCCGAAGAUCGAUCAAAGAGCCACUCGAUUUCAUCUUAUUGUUUUCUUAUAAGUAUCAACAUGGGCUCUGAGACCUCUUUGUAUUUCGCUUAUACUGGAAGGAUACUCCUUGUUCCCACUUUACGCAACACAGCUGACGGGCUUUCGAUCCUUGUCAGAGUGGCGCUCGCUUCACGCUACCAGUCGCCCUACCGAUCGUGCACAAGGCGAAUGAAGUAAGAGUGCAUAUGUUCGGCCUCGGAUAAACGCUUGAUAACACCUCCCCCAAGCGUGACAAAGAAAUGGCUUUGGACAAUACUACAAGUGACGUGACAUUGGUCCCUGGUACGACACCAUGUACACCUGCCGUGCAGCGAAUGCACUCCAUCGCAUGGCGCUUUGUUUUUGAGGCGGCACUUCCACCGUCCGGAUUCCUUGACCCAUCAUUGAGCUACGGAUCGGAUUGCGCUUGGAGUCGCGUCUUGCGGUUUAAGAAGACUCUUCCGCUCGUUUGUAAAAGUGAGGCCUGGCAAGAAGCCGCAAGUGAACUUCUCUAUGAAGAUAUCGUCAUCCGAAGACCUGGUGAACUGGUGGCGUUGGUCAGGACCGUUCGUUCGAAUGCCCGCCGCGCAUCCGCAAUCAAGAAAAUAACCUUCUCUUUCUAUGUCCCUAAACCCUGGGUGGAUGUUGUUGACGGAUGCAUGACAUAUCUCCUGACAACUUGUCGGUUCAUUGGAUCUAUAUGUUUCCGAGGCAUCUUGUGGCACGUAUCUUCAUCACCGUAUUUCUUCUCGGCCAAUAAAGAGGCACUGAAAGUCGUAUUCGCGCAUUUGACGGACAACUUGACGAAUCUGGAGUACACUCCUUUCCACAACGUUGACGAUCGCGCUCCCGAUGCUAACAUACUUUCUCUUCCGCUGAUAGGCGCUUUCACCAAUCUAGUGUCUUUUUCAUUGUCCCUUAUGUGCCGAUUUGAUGAACGUAAAAUACAUCCAAGUGUGCGGUCUUUAAGCUUCGAAAGGCUGGAAACAUUGUGGGUUCAUUUUAAUGAGGAUGAUGCCAAAAAUUACCUCACAAUGCUGGCAUCAUGGCACCUUCCGAAGCUCACCCGUUUUGGUACCCGCCCACCUCUGGGACCUGCGAGUUCAAUAAAUCUCACUCGGGAUGCACUACCAUUCUUCGACGCCCAUGGAUCGAAGCUGAAAUACUUGGAGUAUUAUGGUGUCAUCAAUACUUAUUAUCGGCCAUAUGGUCCCGCAAACCCCGUUAUUCCUCAAGGAAAGUCGACACUUCUGCAAUGGUGCCCGUCUCUUCAACAUGUCGUUACUGGACAUGACGUCCUAGACGACCCAGAAAUGCAAUUCAUUUACACCGACCAACUGCGUUUCCACUUGGACGUAUGGCUGACGACGGACCCAGCAGGCCCACUUCCAUGGGGAAAGGAGGACGCUUGGGAUCGCAUUGCUACAGAUAAUCGACUUUCUCGCCCCAAAAUACGGAUCCUCGCCAAGUCACUUAAUUCCAUCCGUGACCUUCCUUUGCUUCUUCCACCUCGAGGCUUGGCGGGUGUUGGAGAGCUGGAAGGUAUUCGGAGGUACGACUUCGAUGGGUUGCGUAUAGUGGAGACCAAGCAUUGCUUACUACGGGAGGAUACGGAGUGGUUUGCUAUCGACCACAGACUUGCCUCUAAAAGCGUGUCAUCUGAAAAUGCAACCUCAGUUGAGGAGCUGGAGCGGGGAACCGAAGACGAAGAGGAAGACGAGGAGGAAGGUGAGGAAGAAGAUGAGGAGGAAGACGACGAAGACGACGAAGAGGAAGAACACGAGGACGAGGACGAGGACGAGGAGAAGGAAGAGGAAGAGGAGGAGGCAGAGGAGAAGGAAGAGAAGGAAGGGGAUGAGUACAACAAAAAUGAGUGUUCAUCCGGCGGCAGUGACGGAAGUUGGGACCCGGAUGGUGAGAAUGACAUCAAGUUCAGGGACCCGGAUGUGGAUAAAGAUGAUGUGGAAGGAGUAGUUCGUCCGGCUACGCCCAACGAGACCUAUUCAUUCGAUGAAGCACUCGAUAUAUUUGAAGAGACCUUGGAAGACGAUUGAACACGUUGUAUCAAUACAGCGUGUUCAAUGCAUAUUCCCACUUCAAAUUUCAAUUAUCAUGUUACCAUCAUUCUGUACUUUUAAAGCUUUUUGCAAUGCGGAGCCGAAUGCUAAUAAAUGAAGAACCAAGACGAUAGCUCGGGAUACCACACUGUAUCAUCAAAUGAAGAUUGCGGAAAGUUGGACACGACACCAUGGAAACACAGUGGUGACACUGGUCAGAGGCGGAGCUGUGCGGAAGGCCCUUCAUCACAAUCAAAGCAUACUCCUUUGCAUUUUCAGCUGAAACGCCGGAGCAGCACUGUAGAUCCCCCUUCGAUCGUAGCAGGUGCUGAAUGCGUACCACCGGCGGUACUUUAGAACAAGGUUAUGUCUUACGCAUCUUCUCAUGGAUAGAAAUAGAAGAUAACGGUGAGAAUCAACACGCACCAAGUAGGGAGAGGCUGCGAGAAUGCUCUGAUACAGAG